UAUUUUAUCGGUUCAAAUUUAUAAGGUUCUGAGAAUUUCUUUGACUAGAUCUGAUUACUAUUUAGCAGAUCUGAGUUAUGGAGAACGAAGAUGGCAGGAAAAGGUGGAAAGGGGCUUUUGGCGGCGAAAACAACCGCAUCUAACAAGGAUAAAGAUAAGAAGCGACCGGUUUCUCGUUCAUCUCGCGCCGGAAUUCAGUUCCCCGUGGGUCGUAUCCACCGUCAACUCAAAUCUCGGGCUUCCGCAAAUGGCAGAGUUGGUGCCACAGCCGCUGUUUACCUGGCCUCUAUCCUCGAGUACCUGACGGCUGAGGUUCUCGAGUUGGCCGGAAAUGCAAGCAAGGAUCUGAAAGUGAAAAGAAUCACCCCAAGGCAUCUGCAGCUGGCUAUUAGGGGGGAUGAAGAGCUUGACACUCUCAUCAAGGGCACCAUUGCUGGUGGUGGUGUGAUCCCUCACAUUCACAAAUCCCUCAUCAACAAAAUCACCAAAGAAUAGUAAUGCCUGAUUUCAACUAGAUGUUUAUUUUCCAGUACCUUUUAUCCGCUUGUCAUGCGUCUUCUGUGUUAUGUGUAGGCUUUGUUUAAUAUGCCUAGAACAUCUGGUCAGUGUAUAUGUUUGUUGGAACUCUCUAGGGUUUGUUUUUUUGAAGUUGUGAUCUUUGUUUAGAGUAGGAAUGGCGCUUGUUGGGUACCUUUAAUUGAGGUUUCCUUGAAUAUUUUAUCGGAUUAUGGCCGUGAAGUUCU